UUUGACUAUUGUUAACUUGUAGGUCGUAUGAAGCGCAAUACUCAAUGUAGGUUCUGGUUGACUCACAGUGCAUGAAGGCAUUCAUAAAGAAAAGGGCUCCCGAUGCCUCAGAUAACGGAUCUGAACCUACAUCCGUAGAUAAAGUGAAGAGCUUCUUCUCAAAGUUUGGCAGUGGUUUGCGUACUGCUUUCGCCAAACCACAACAUCCUAGUGUGCCAGUUACUAGUCGUGACGUUAACAAUUAUUGUUAUCCUUCUGAUGAUCUGAAAACAAGCAAAGAAAUUGUUUCUGCCUCAAGCGAGACGAUUGACGCUCUUCAUACUUUAAGAGGUGAUCGAGUUUCCCCUGCGAUUCAUAUAUUGAAUGAACCACAUGGUUCUAACCCACGAUCAUCAUAUGUCCGUGGAAAUGCAUCCCCUCAAAAUUCUGCUUUUCGAGAAGAAUUGAACUCAAAACUACGAAUUCGCCCUGGUCAUAAUCUUCCACCUAGAAUAACAACAAUUGCUAAGUCUGUUGAAAGUUCCGAUAGUUUAAUUUCAAAUGAAUCCUCUUCACCACAUCAAAAACAUUUAAGUAGUCCAUAUUCACCUCCCCAUAGUACUCACGUUUUUGCAACAACCCCACCAAAUAGUACACAUGAGUCUAUCAGUUCAACUCCAUCAUCCGCUGGUGCCUCAGAUUUAGUCAGUUUACAGCAUAAAUUAGCUGUCAGUAGACCUAGAAAUCGUCGUCCACCAUCAAAAACUUAUCGUCGUACAUUGAAUAAAACGGAUGAAAAUGUUGUUGGCUUCUUUUCUUUAUCACCCAAGCAUGUAUCGACUAAUAAUAAUUUCUUUUCAGUUUCUAAUCCUCAACUGGGUCUUAUAAAAGAAGAAAGUGAAAUAAUACAUCAAAUAAGUGAAAAACCACCUCAUCAAAAAAUAUCUAACACUCAUCUACCCACUGAAAUAUUAACUGUAAAUACUGUUGAAUCGAUUAUUGAGAAUUCUGAUUCAAAUAAACUUGAUUCUUCACUUUCAGGACUAAAUUUAAGAGGCAGCGUAAAAUCUGCGUAUGACUCGAAUUCACUGAAACGUAAAUCUGAUUCCUACCGUAAAUCUGACUGUUUACUCACGUCAUUUGAUCCAGAAACAAUAACACCUUUCAAACCCCCAAAGAAAAGUACAGGAUUUGAGAGAAUAAAAAUAAAUUCUACCAGUGAUUUCCAUAAUUUAACACCGCUGGCAUCAUACAAUGGCGGUGAUCAACAUAUUCGUCCACGUUCCAUGUUCAUCCCAUCAUCCGGUAGUGAAAUUCAAUCAUCACAGAUUUGUUUAAAAACAAAAGAUGUAAAUAAAAACUUAACCGAUCAUCAUGAGAACAAUCUGAUUAGUUCAAAACAAUCUUCUGAAUCAAUUCCAUCAAUUGUUUUUAUCCCAUGUAAAGCGUCUGUGGAUACUAACAGUAAUGAUACUACUAAUACCAGUAAUAAUGAUAAUGAUAUUAGUCUCAAAGUUAGUAAUCAAACUACUCAUAUUAAUACUGAGACAAAAACACAUAUCUCUGUAUCUAUGAUGAAGAAACCUGUUCUGAUUGGUGUUGAAGAAAAUUCAAAUAAAUAUCCUCAAAGUCCUAGUCCUCAAACAGUGGCUUUUCGUCAAAAAUUUGGUGAAACUUCUCGUCUUGUUACUCUUAAGGAUGAAUAAAAAUUAAUCCGCCAAGUGAGCAUCGUGUCUCACGUGUACUGGAAUUGGUAAAAGCAUUUGAAGGGGGUCUUUAAUAAAUCAUCAAAUAUAGAUUAAUUAUGAAUUUUGGUGCUUAAUUUCUUUACUACUUUACUUUUACCAUGUUUAAUUACUAUUAUUUUUAUUGUUAUUACUAAUUGUAAUAUGAAUGACAGACUUUAAUACUCCUCACUCCGAGAUGUUCUACUUUAUUUCAAUACUUCUAUUCAUAAUUGUAAAAUUUUAAAUGUAUCCACAUACCAUUGAUGAUCACAUUUUAUUCUCUAUUACUACUGAUUAUUUUCAUUUGGUUGCGCCAUAAUGUCAUUUUUCUGUUUUGAGAAAAAAUAAAUGAUUUCAGAGACAUCUGUGAAUUAAUAACAUUCUCUAUGAAUCUAAUUAUUAUUUAAUUAUAUAAUUUUAUUUUCUAUUCACUCAAUUGUACUGUUUAAAUUAUAUGAAUUUGACUAUGUAAUCAUCUCUGUAUCUGUAUGUGUAGAUCUUAUCAAUUCUGUUUUGUUUUUUUUUGAAAACGAUUUUUCGUAUUGGUUUGUGCCUUCAAAAGCUACCUACCGUCAAAUUGAAACAAAAUUAACAAACUACUCAAUAUGUCAAUAUUUUCUUUUUCGUCGGGAAAAAAUAUUAACAAAAGAUUAAACAUACAGCAUGAAUUAUGUUGUGUUUUUUUUUACAGUAAAAAAAAGAUACAAAUUCACCUUUACAAUUUCAUUCAUUUCUUAUAAUAAAUACAACAGAAUUGAUUAUCAUCUGGUCUCUCUGUCUUACUAUGUAUUAUAUUGAUAUUUUAUGCAAUAAUCUAUUUAUUCGAUUGUUUACCGUUCAGUGCUUUAUCAUCAUUCUCUAUUAUUGUUGAUUAAUACUGAUUAUUUGUAAUGAUUUGAUGAACGAUGAAGAAUUACAUUUUGUUUCCAAAAUAUAACAUUAUCGUUGAAUCCCAAUGGUGCAUAGAAUGCAAGUACACUUCGGUACUUUUACAAAUUGUCUUUUUAAACUUACCCUUUGAAAUGAUUUAUAAUAUCCCUGCAUAAACCCUGUUUUUUCAGGUGUUAAUAGAAAAUAUACAAAAGAGAAUUAUGUAUAUCAUAAUUGCUAUUCUAC